CCUUUCGUUGUUUAUCGCCACAGCAUAACAUCCGUCCGAUUCCUCAGCAUGUUGAGGUUGAAGCCUUUGGUGUGCUGUAACCAAAUAUCUCGUUUCGUUGUCAACAUUUCCAUCCGCAAUAACCACAAAUGGUUUGAAGAUGAUGAAUUCCUUCUUGAUGAAGAGCCAGAACUACCGACUCGUGCUGACAUUACCAGAAUGCAGAAACAAAACAGACAAUUUGUAAAGCAGAAAAUCAUACAGAAGAAGAAUUUUCCGAUGCCAAAGGAAGCAUUUGUAUUGACCUGGGAGGCUAUGGAACAGAUGAGGUUCCUCAAUAAAGAAUUCCCAGAGGAAUGGACAUUAGACAGAAUCACUGAAAGUUUUCCUGUUAGUCGACACGCAGCUGUACGAAUUCUUAAAACAAGACGGAGUAAACCUACAGAGGCUGACAUAAUUAAACAUAACUCCAUAGUAAAGAUGAAUUUGGAAGCUCUGAAGAGUGGUGAUGUAGAUGGGAAUGAACUUUUGGCAAAUACCUUAAGAUCUUUGACGGAGGACAACAGACUGUCGCUAUUGAGUAACUCUGGGGGAGUGAAAGGUCUUCCCAUGCCAACUAGUGAACAGUCUUAUCCAAAUAUUGACGAAGAGCUUUCUUUUGAGGAACAAGUGGCACAGUUGAGAGUGAGGCCUUUCACUAGCAUUCUGGCGAAGUAUAAUCGCUUGAUACCUGAUACGUCUUCAAAGCAGCAGAGUAAAGAUGCUAAAGUAAUGCUACCCUCAACUACGACACAAAAUAAGGGGAAAAAAAGGAAUAAUUUUGAUAAAAAUUCAAAAUCAGAAAAUUUACAAAGAUCAAACUCAUGUGAUUCCUCAAGGUCAGAUUACAGAAAAACAUCAAGGUCAAAGUCUGAUAACUUACCUGGGGAAUUAAACUUUGCUGAUUUGCCAAGAACAAAAUCUAGUGAUUCACCAAAGUCAAAAUUUGAUGACUUACCUAGACUAGAAUAUGGGGAUUUACCAAGGAGAGAAUAUGGCUCUUCAUCGCAAGUGAGGUUAAGUAAUUCAUCAAAGUCACCGCAUGAAGAUUCACCAAAAUCAGAAUCUAAUUUAAGUCCUAGGACAGAAGAUUCACUGAGGUCAAGGUCCCAUGUUUCUUCAAGAUCCAAGUCUCAUUUUCAAGAAAACUUGUCGUAUGAUGAUAUUGUUUCAGAACUCCCUUCAUUAAGAGAUAUUGGGUCUGACAGCAUGGAAAGUCUUUACAGUAAACAGGAGGAUGACAAUGUAGUGAAUUAUGAAAACAGAAGUAGCUCUAACAAAAAAUAUCUCAGUAGGAAAGAGAAAAAGGAACUGCAAAAAACAAAAAUCCAACAGUUGCCUAGUUCUAAGACAUGGGAUGAGAUGGCUUUGUAUGGUACAGGAAAAAAACUCGGAAAUUAAAUAUGUAAGGUGUUAAAAGUG